AAAAGUUUUUGAAGCGCAUGUGGACUGGCUGAAGGCUGAAGAAAUAGUAAGAGGGGUAGUCAGCUAAUAUAAAGGAGUAGAUCGGUAAACUUUGGAUCCAUAACAAGUGAAAGAAGAAACAUGAACACAACUGUUCGACAAAAAGAAUGAUCCAGUGCCAUGUCAAUAUCCAUUUGGGCUGGCUCCGAACCUGUGUCUGGUCUGGAAGUUCUUAGUGCUGCUGAGAAGAGAGGAUAUUUUUCUGAACUUCAGAUGCUCCAGGCUGAGGUUUCUUAAUCUGGAUGAAAAUGGCCUCUCUGUGGAAUCGUACAAGUAGCGCAGAAAUUAAGGUGCCUCACACUAGAAUGGAAGAUGAUUCGGCUAUCCAGAAUAUUUACACAUUUGUGAAAAAGCUUGGCCAGGGCAGCUUUGGAGUUGUCUAUGAGACUGUUCAUAAUGAGACUGGAAAAAAAUGGGCAAUCAAGAAAGUAAACCGAGAAAAAGCUGGAAGUUCAGCUGUUUGGUUAUUGGAACGAGAAGUUGGAAUCCUAAAGCGAGUUCAUCAUGAACACAUAAUUCACCUUGAAGAAGUAUUUGAAACCCCAAAGAGGAUGUACCUUGUGACUGAGCUGUGUGAUGGUGGAGAACUGAAAGAAAUUCUACAGAGAAAGAAAUAUUUUACAGAAAAUGAGACCAGACAUAUUAUCUCCAGUUUAGCAGCAGCAAUAGUUUACCUUCACAAAAAAGAUAUUGUGCAUCGGGAUCUAAAAUUAGAGAACAUACUAGUUAAAAAUUAUGACAAUGAUAAUUUAAAUGAGAAUGAAAUACUUCUUAAUAUAAAGGUUACAGACUUUGGUUUAGCAGUGCAGACAGGUGGUGUUGGAAGUGAAAAUAUGCUACAAGCAACAUGUGGAACACCGAUUUAUAUGGCUCCAGAGGUUAUCAAUGCACAUGACUAUAGUCAACAAUGUGAUGUUUGGAGCAUUGGUGUCAUCAUGUAUAUGCUACUGUGUGGCUCACCACCUUUCAUGGCCAGCUCUGAAGAGAAGCUAUUUGAACAGAUAAAAAAAGGAGAUCUGAAUUUUGCUGACCCAAUCUGGAAUGCAAUUAGUGAUGCAGCAAGAAAUGUUAUACGGUGCCUUCUGAAAGUAGAUCCUGCACAUCGCAUAACUGCUAGCGAAUUACUUGAUAAUCCAUGGAUUACUGGCGACACCUCCACAUCAGUAAGGCAUUCAAAUGUGCUGGAGAUGAUGAAACAGUUUAGAAAUGAUCCAGAUGAUGGAGAGUGCGGACAUCUAAAUGAUAGCCUUAAUGGCAUAUCUCUGAACCAGUCUGAAGAUGAUAAUUUACACGCAAAGUAUGAGUCAGAAGAUAGAGCAAGUCCUUUGGACACAGUGGAUACAGAGACUGACAGUGGUAGUAGCAAACCAUCAACUCCUACUAAACAGAAAGCACAGGCUUGUUCUUCGCAAAAUGGGACAGCAAAAAAGAGUGUGGUGAAUACAAAAUCUAGUAGCACUCCUCCAAUGACUAGUAAAGCACCAUCCUUUCUUCAUUCGAAGCGAACAGCCUUACAGGAAAAAGCAGAUUCUCCAAACUCUGGCUCUUCAGCAAGGCAAAGUUCCAGUUCAGUUAAAGAUGUCCGAAAGUCCCCCAUUCCUCUUAGUAAUAGUCCUAAAUUCUCCAAAGUUACUGCCAACUGCAAAACCAGAAAAAAUACCUAAGGAACCUUGGUGAAAAAGUUGUGGAUUGAGUGCCAAAGGAACUCCUUAUUGUAAUAAAUAAUCAGGAUCCUAGUGACAGCCCAACAGGUACCUGUUUUGGUGCACUUUACAUGAUUACACUUAGCCAAAAUCUGAUUUACUUGUUUGGACAUUACAUAUUUAAAAAUGCUCAAUGUAAGCCAUUUUGAUUUUCGGUUUUUGAUGUGGGGGAAAGGGAUGGAGAGGAUGAGUUCUGUUAUAAAUGUAUAUUUCUCUGAAAGGUGUUUUUAGAGUGUUCACAGUAUGUAUAAAAUAUUAAUUUAUUGUUUGACAGACUAUACUUUGGAUUUGUGUGUUUGCUUUUUUCUUUAAAUAGACCAUUCCAAAUAGUCUUGUAUAAUUUAGCUUCAUGAGAAUUUUCUAUAUGUUGACAAAAAACAGGAUAAAAUACUUUUGUUAAAUUUCCAAAUAAUUGUACUCAUUACUAAUUGCAUAUUUUUAAAUGUUUCACAGAUGUGUUUUGAAUAACCAGCAAUGGUGUCAUUCCUUUUGCGUACUGUAAAGUGUAACCCAAUACUGUACGUGCAGUGAACCUUUUUCCAUAUCACUUUGGUCUCUUGUGUUCAAACAGUUGUUUUUUAAUUCUUUAGAAAAUUCUAAACUGAAACAUAUUCAUUUAUAUGCUUCUUUUAACAGAAUCCUUACCAAUUAAUUUGUUUUGGCUUCUGGUAAGGGUUAUGGUGAAACAGCAAAACACCUCCAACGUUUAGUGAAAGUAUGAAAUUCAGUGCUUCGUGUGUUUGAUUGGUAAAGACAUAGUGUUAAACUGAAAACGAGGUAUUUAACCACAUUGUUGUGCACGCUUUAUCACCAAUUUAUGUAGAAAAUGAAGAAGUAUUGUGCAUUGUUAUUUCACAAUGUUCAUUUCUCAAGAUAUUAUAAUGAUAAACCAUAAAUGCAGAGUAUUUAUUAAAAACAGUGGUGUAAUAUACCAUAUUCAUCAGAGGUGUCUGCUUCUCACUGAAAUAGUCACCAAGACGUUUUAAAAGUUUCCUUUUAAUCAUGGCCUUCCUGCCUUUAACUACUACUGUACAAGAAUAAUCUGGUAUGUGAUGUGCUUUAUGUGCAGUAUUUAGGUGCGUUUAGAGAGAGAAAAUAAUAUUUGUAUAAACACAAUUUUUCCAUAUUGUUGACAUGUUUGCUAAAUGAUAAAAAUAAUAAUAAAAGCCUUUUUGUUUAUCUUGACAAACAAGGAAUAUUACCAGUAAAGUCUUAUUUAAAUAAACUAGAGACUGUUUACUUUAAUUUCUUACUACUGACAGCAGGACAUUUCUUAUGAAAUAACAUGAUGCUUGACAUUAAUGGCAUUGCUUUUUAUUGAGCACCAUCAUAAAUAAAAAUGUAUAUAGUACAUAUCACUAAAAUACAGUAUAUGCACUAUAAAAUGCUUUGGCAGUAAAUAGCGACUACAUGAAAGAUGUAGCCAUUUUUCUUAAUCUUUCAACCAGCAGAGUGGUAUCACUGUAUGUUAAUUAACUAAUGUGGUACGUUGUUUUUAUAAAUAAUAUUCAAACUUGUUUUGCAUCAAGUAAUUGUGUCUGAUUUAAUCUAUUAAGGAUGUUUUAAAUUCAGGAUGGAACAAGUUUUUCAUAGUGUUUACAUCACAAUUGCUUCAGUAAACUGUAUUUUUUUCUGAAUCAAAAAUGUACUUUUUCAUUCAA